AUGGAUGCACAUCUCUCGCUCAGCACCCUGAUGAUGAUGGUGACGAAACCGAUAGGAAUACUUACAACUAGUUCUGGAAAGUUGGUGGAUAUAAGAGAGACCGUUGCGUUGAACUCUGAUGCUUUUUCAAACCAGCAUCACAUAGAUUUAAUGACACAUAUAGACGCUGAGAGAAUCCCCGAAAGACUCGUGCACGCUAAAGGAGGCGGCGCAUUUGGCUAUUUUGAAGUAACUCAUGACGUAUCCAAAUACACAAAAGCUGAAGUAUUUAACGGUGUUGGAAAAAAGACUAAGGUUUUUGUUCGUACUUCUUCGUUGCUUCAAAAUCUUGGUGGUAAUGACGCUGCGAGAGAUGUAAGAGGAUUCUCAGUUAAAUUUUACACAAAAGAAGGUAUCUUGGACUUAUUAUGUCUUAGUACUCCUGCUUUCUUUUAUAGAGAUCCAAUUGAUUUUACGAAUUUCUUUCACACAUUGAAACGAAAUCCUAAAACGAAUCUUUUUGAUUUUUCGACCCGUUGGGACUUUCUUGCCAAGAAACCAGAAACUCUACAUGGAAUGCUACUUUUGCUAUCCGAUUACGGAAUACCGAAUGGUUACAGAAAGAUGGACGCCUUUGCUGUCCACACGUUUGAGAUAAAUAAUAAACACGGAGAUAAAUACUUUGUUAAAUUCAAUUUAAGAACUGAGCAGGGAGUGGAGGUUCUUACAUCAGAUGAAGCAGCUGUAGUAGGUCAAGAUCUAGAUUACUUUAACAGAGAUCUGUAUAAUGCCAUCGAGAAUAAAAAUUAUCCAAGUUGGAAGUUAGAAAUGGACGUUAUGACACUCGAAUCCAUCAAACAUAUUGAUUAUAAUCCUUUUGAAGUUACUAGACUGUGGAAAAAAGGAACGUAUAUAACUGUACCAAUAGGUCGACUUGUAUUGAAUAAAAAUCCUGAUAACUUUUUCGCAACUGUGGAGUUGAGUGCCUUCAAUCCCGGCAACUUAGUACCUGGUAUUCCGGGACCAAUGGAUAAUUUAUUCAAAGUUCGACGAUCAUCGUAUCGUGAUACUCAUACUCACCGUUUAGGUGUUAACCACAAUAAAAUAAAAAUAAAUCAGCCUUUGUAUUGGAAAGAAUAUAAUCGUGAUGGCACACCUCCAGUUAAAGAAAACAUGAUGGAUGCACCAAAUUACUACCCUAAUUCGUUUAAUGGUCCAGUUCCUUAUGUAGAUCCUGCGAGACCUAAGGAAAGAUUUACAGUCUUAGAAUCCAAUGCAGUUGAUUUAGAACCAGCAGCUUAUUUUUAUAAUCAUUACCUCUGCGACGACGGCCAAAGACAAAGGCUUGUAAAUAACAUAAUUCAAGCACUAUUACCAGUGUCUCCAGAAAUGAGGAGGAGGGUGUUACGUUUGUUGAUAUUAACAGAUCCACAGCUUGGAAUGAAAGUCGAGACGGGGCUAGAAUUUGCACUGGAAACUCCUCUGCCUCCACCACCAAAGGCUAUUAAAAUCCUAAGAAAUAAUUACAAAGAUAGUAAUGAAAUCUGCACCAUUGUUAAAAACGAUCACAAUUAUAACUAAACUGCAACUAUGAGU